AUGGAUUGGCAUAUGCUGUGAAGUGGUUCUCACAGGAAAUGUCAGAUAACGGCUGUGAUCCUUAGCCUUCUUGUUCUUGAAAACUUCAUUUCCCAGAAAUCCUUUUAAAGCCACGUAGGGUUCACCAGGAAGUUUCCGCCCACAAAACAUGUAGCAAAACAACUCUCAACCCACCUCAUGGAUGUAUUAAAAUCAUUCAACGUAACCACUGCAAACUACAAAAGACAAACACAUAGAGUGCCAGCUGUUUGCCACUGCAUAACGGAGUAACAACAGCAAAGUUUUUAAGCAUGGCUCUGGCUGGAGUUCGGGUUAUUGAGUUGGCUGGUCUUGCACCUGCACCAUUUUGUGGCAUGGUUCUCGCAGACUUUGGUGCCAAUGUGAUCCGUGUUGACCGUACCAAGGUUUCAAUGACAGUAGACACACAGGGCAGAGGGAAACGCUCUGUGGCUAUUAACCUGAAGACCACUGCAGGUGUGAGUCUGCUCAAAAAGCUCUGCAUCCAGUCUGAUGUCAUCCUUGAACCAUAUCGGAAAGGUGUAAUGGAAAAAUUAGGGCUUGGCCCCAAAGAACUACUUGAAGAAAACCCUCGGCUCAUCUAUGCUCGAUUAACAGGAUAUGGUCAAAAUGGACCUUUAGCUAUUGCUGCUGGACAUGACAUAAAUUACCUUGCAAUAUCAGGGUUGUUGUCACGCCUGGGACGCAGCACAGAAAAGCCGUACGCUCCACUGAACCUGGUUGCAGACUUUGCAGGUGGGGGCCUCUCCUGUGCUCUGGGGAUCGUUCUGGCUCUGCUGGAAAGGACUAAGUCAGGGAAAGGCCAAAUUGUGGAUGCCAGUAUGGUUGAAGGCGCUGCAUAUGUUGGUUCAUUUGUAUGGAAGUCUAAUCGCAUUGGUAUGUGGAACAACCCACGAGGCCAGAACAUGUUGGACAGCGGGGCUCCCUUUUAUGACACUUAUCAGACGUCAGAUGGAAAAUACAUGGCUGUGGGUGCUAUCGAGUCACAGUUCUACAAAGAGUUACUUAAGGGUUUGGAGCUGGACUCUGCAGAAUUACCACCUCAGAUGAGCUUCAAGGACUGGCCCAAAAUCAGACACAUUUUUACAGAGCGAUUUGCAUCUAAAUCCCUGGCAGAGUGGACAAGCAUAUUUGAAGGCACAGAUGCAUGUGUUACACCUGUGUUGUCUUUUGAAGAUGUGGGCUUGCACCCUCAUAACCAGCAGAGGGGGUCAUUCAUCAAAGACCAAAGUGGGGAGGAGAGUCCCAGGCCAGCGCCAGUACUAGACAGAACCCCUGCUGAACCUUGUCUUAAAGCUGACCCUAUGGUUGGAGAGCACACGGUGGAGGUCCUUGAAGAGUAUGGUCUCAAAGCACAGCAGAUUGAACAAUUACUAGCAGCAGGCAUUGUAGAGUCUCAUGCCACUAAGACUAAGUUAAGUGUACUGUUCUCUCAUGAGUGCAGCAGGUAUCUGAAGAAUGUGUGUAGCGUGACUCCAACCAGCUGACUCCCUGUGGGCAAGGCAUAACACAACACACUGUAACCUCAAUAAAAGGUCUAUGGCGAAAUGUGAUAUCAAAUUCGCCUGCACACAUUGCCAUAAUUUACUAUUUUAAUUGCAAUAAAUUGCUAAAUUUACAAUUUACAUUUUGUCCCCGAUGGGGACAAAAAGUAUUGCAAAUUUUACUGCUAUAUAAACUAUAAUAGAAUAUUGAACACUAAGACUUUAUACACACAUUUGUAAGGUUCACUGGACAGUCUUCCAGGUCCCACAUCUUUUUCCUUAAUUUUCAUUAUUUCCCUUUGUAGUUAUUUGAGAAGUAGCAAAUGUCACCCCAAAAGUAUAACUAACAUCCUUAAGAUUUCUUCUUUCUUUUCUAAAGCAGUAAUAUCUGCAAUUUAUUCAAAUAUUGCAGACAAAAAAAUAAUAAUAAUAAAUUAACAGGGUUCAGUGCAGAAGUGUGUGAUUCUUUUUCUUGCAUCUACAGAUGUUUUGCUCCUCUGAUUGGUUAGUCUCUAAAAAUUGUGGGAGAAGUCCAGGCCUUUAUAUGCUCAUGUCAGCUUGAUCUAAUAUUCUUACUUUCUAUGUCAUUUGAAUUAAAAAAAAUUGUAAGUGGAGACGUUUUUUUCCUGGUGAUUGCAGCACAGCAGUUGUCUUUGCACAGACGAUAUAGCAUGCAGCAAAAGCUUAUUUUAGAAAAAAAAAUCAUAGUAAACAUGCACUAUUUCCAGGAUGCACAUUUGAGCCACAAUAGGCUUAUUUGUGGACAGUUUUGGCCUGACUUGUACUAUAAAGUCAGAUGUAGUGACAGCCUUGUCCUCCAGGUUGAAUCCAUCCCCAUAAUAUGUUUUCUAGAUAUUAUUUAAAUACACCUGUUAAAAAUGUAAGGGGACAGGGCCUCAUAAUUUAACUUAAUUUAACAUUUUUAAUAUGUUUUUUUGAUAAACUACACCAUUUUUUACUUCUAAAAGAUAAUUUUUUGUCUUAGCUGUACUAUGUGUAGGCCUAUGUUUGAUUUAAAGUUUGUCUUUUGUCAUUUCUUUGAAUAAAUAAUAAAUAAUCUACUUUCUAUAUAUAACA